AUGAUCAAUGAUGAUCUUGUAGAUGAAAUCAACCAACUUGGACUUGGUAUUAAAAUUGGAGAAUCGAAACUGUCUUUACCUUUAUAUUCGGACGAUAUUGUUUUGAUGGCCGAGAAUGAAUGUGAUAUGCAAAAGAUGCUAGAUAAAUUACAUGAUUGGUGUAAAAAAUGGAGAGUCUUAAUUAAUACAGACAAGUCAAAAGUUGUACACUUCAGAGCAUCUCGCAAAAAACGGAGCGAAUUUCAGUUUAGAAUCGGAGGGAACAUCUUGCAAAUUAUAGACAAAUAUAAAUACCUUGGAGUUAUUCUUAACGAGAAAAAAGAUUAUACAUCGAAUGCUGAAAAUCUUUCUGCAGCUGGUGGAAGAGCACUCGGAGCUAUUAUAUCGAAGAUACACAGUUUAAAAGAAUUUGGUAUAAAGACUUAUGAAAAACUGUAUGUCUCUUGUAUUGUACCUAUACUCGACUACUGUUCUUCAGUGUGGGGUUUUAAAGACUUAAAUUGUAUCGACACUAUUCAAAACAAGGCCAUAAGAUACUUUUUGGGAGUUCAUAAGUUUGCCCCAAAGCUGGCUAUCAACGGAGAUUUUGGAUGGUUACCUUCAAAAGAACGUCGCUGGUGUAAUAUGGACCGAAUGGUUAGAUAUUGGAACCGAUUGAUGGAUAUGGACAAUAGUAGACGUUGUAAAAGGGUGUUCCUAUGGGACUACGAAUUAUCUACGAACAAUUGGUCAUCAAGUGUAAGAACAAUUAUGUCUUUAGUUAGUAUGGAUGAUAACUUUCAACAAAUGCUAAAAUGUGAUGUUAUCUUAGCCUUUGCCAUUACCAAAACACUGGUAUUAAAGAGAUAA